CUGGGCGGGCCAGCGGGUUUAUUCCACCCGGGAGAAGCGCACACCAAGCCGCCACCAGCGCUGCUGCGGGAUGCUGCGCUCCACGUCCACCGUCACUCUGUUCUCGGGCAGCGGCUCCAGGACGCCAGGGGCGCCCAGCAGAAGGGCAAAUGUCUGCAGACUGCGGUUGACUGUUCCCCCGGAGAGUCCGGUGUCUGAGCCCAGUGAAAAGAAGCUGGAAAGAAAAGAGCAACAUCGUGACCUGAGCAAUGGAGAGCCCACCAGGAAACUCCCUCACGGUGUGGUCUAUGGUGUGGUGCGGAGAUCAGAUCAAAACCAGCAGAAAGAAAUGGUGGUAUAUGGGUGGACCACCAAUCAGCUGAAGGAGGAGAUGAACUACAUCAAAGAUGUGAGAGCCACUUUGGAAAAAGUAAGGAAGAGAAUGUAUGGAGACUACGAUGAAAUGAGACAGAAGAUUCGGCAGCUCACCCAGGAACUGUCAAUUUCACAGGCUCAGCAGGACUAUCUAGAAAAUCACAUCCAAACUCAGUCGUCAGCCCUGGACAGUUUUAAUGCCAUGAACUCGGCCUUGGCAUCAGACUCCAUCAGCCUGCAGAAAACCCUUGUGGAUGUUACUCUGGAGAAUAGCAGCAUUAAGGAUCAGAUCAGGAAUCUGCAGCAGACAUAUGAAGCCUCCAUGGACAAGCUGCGGGAAAAGCAGAGGCAGUUAGAGGUGGCGCAAGUUGAAAACCAGCUGCUGAAAAUGAAGGUGGAAUCCUCCCAAGAAGCCAAUGCAGAGGUGAUGAGAGAGAUGACCAGGAAGCUGUACAGCCAAUACGAAGAAAAGCUGCACGAGGAGCAGCAGAGGCACAGUGCUGAGAAGGAGGCUCUCCUGGAAGAGACCAAUAAUUUUCUGAAAGCCAUUGAAGAAGCCAAUAAGAAGAUGCAAGCGGCAGAGAUUAGCCUGGAGGAGAAGGACCAGAGGAUCGGAGAGCUGGACAGGCUGAUUGAGCGCAUGGAGAAGGAACGCCAUCAGCUUCAACUCCAACUCCUGGAGCAUGAAACAGAAAUGUCAGCAGAAAUAACUGAUUCUGACAAAGAAAGGUAUCAGCAGCUGGAGGAGGCGUCAGCCAGCCUCCGGGAGCGGAUCAGACACCUAGAUGACAUGGUGCAUUGCCAGCAGAAGAAAGUCAAGCAGAUGGUCGAGGAGAUCAUGUCCCACGAGCUCUUCUCCAGAUUUAGUCUUCGGCUCUUUGGAAGAUGACAAAAUAGUAGCCUGCUCUGGGUUGGAAGCAGUUCCUUUGAUUGUUCGUGGUUAGAAGAACACUUGUACUCUCUCUGCUGGGAAGAGGUGGCAUGUAUCUGUGAUGAGCUGAUGAACAAAACACGAAGGAACAUGCUAUUGAAAGGAAAACACGGCCAUGUAGGGCCUUCAUUUGUGGAAGCACCUACAUACUGUAACCUCAACUUUUACAGCUUCACACUGCAGAGUCAAGAGAGCUCAAAGAUCCACAGAGUAUUUUUAGAAACAUGGGUUCCUAGACAUCAAAGAAGGAACUGCAAUGAAAAAUAGCACUAAAAAAUAUUUAAGAAAGUUUCAGGUGGAGUCUGGUUCCAAGAUCUUGGAAAAUGAAGCCUUAUUUAUGGAAAAGCUUCCAAGGACACUUGCUAAAGAGAUGGGAAGCAGGCUUGAAGAACUCCAGUGCUCCAGAAUGAAGUACUCCCGACCAGAUCACACCCCAGAAAAUACAAAAGCAGCCACGUGUCCACAUAGUUUGAUUAUAUUUGUGUGUGGAAGGUGGCCCUGAGGAUGUCCUUUGUGAAUGGAGAUCAACAGCGCUAGUCAACUUGGCACUCUUCUUGAAGAAAUGUACGAAUUGCUUCUAUCACCAUGAACAGAUAGUUCAACUCACUUCAUGAAAAGAAGAAGUAUAUCUAAUGAAAAUAGAAAUAUGUUCGACUAAAAUAUGUCAAAGUGAAAUAUCCUCCAUGUAUGCUUUAUUUUUAGAGAGGUCUUCUUGAGACAGCCGUAAGUGCUGAUAUCUCUUCAUAACUAAACAGUUGCUGAGAAUUGUAGUAGCAGUAGAGCAAGUGGUAAAAAUAGUCAAUGGGUGGUAUUAGCCUAAUAAUAAUGAUGUGAGUUUAUUAAGGGGCUGGGUGUCACUUGGACAUUGGGCAGUUUUCUACACCCACCACUUUUCCAUGGCAAAGUGGCAGGUAGAUCCUUUCUUGUCAUUAGCUGUCUUUGGUCAAACUUUCACUUAGAUGCUUCUGCCCAGCUGAAGCAAGUAGGCAGUGGAUGGGGAAGGAAGCUGAUGAAUAGCUUCCCACAUUAGAAAUGAACUGUAAAUGCAGUUUACUUAUGCCAGUGUCCUGUAUGAAUGCAGAUCCCCAUCUACUUUACUGGGUUUCCAGAUUUCUGCUGGGGAGUUUUGAAUCAUAUUUAAGAAUCACUUGAGAUGUCACUCUGGUAUAGGGACUGCACUGUUUAUAGGGAUAUCUGCUGACUUCUAGAGAAAGUGGGUCACCAGUGGGGGCCUCUCUCCCAGGAUUGUGUGCUUUCUCCCUGCCCUUGAGGUCCUUCUCUCUUUGGGGCUAUGGACAGGAGCUAGAGGCCAGAUAGGCCUUAUGCUACGGGACAGAGAGUGAGUGACGUGCCUGGGCUAUCUGCAGGACCAUGAGAGUGCCUCCUAAAUGUUGUGCCCUAUAUGCCCCAUGCCCUUCCCCCUAGGCUACAUGCUGGUUCCUAGGCUAGUUGGGGCUCUCCUUACAUCUGGGUCACCUGCCUGACAGGACCUCCUUCCACCUGCUCCUCGCUGCCUUUGCCUGAGUCCCUCAAUUCACCCCUUCCUGCAAGGACUGUAAUAUGGUGUGAACUUGACUUACUGUAUCAAAUAUGAGUUAGAUUCUCAAAUCCUGCCCCACCUGACUCCACACUACCACCCCAUCAUCCCCCUCCCUCUCCCUUAACUGGAUCCUUAGCCUUGGGCUCUUAUUAAGGCUGUAAUUUGUCUCAGGGCCACUCACACCCCCACCCAAAGGAGACAAUGCUCAAAAGUUGAGGCCAAAUUUAUUUACAGUAAUUGCAGAUAUUACAGUUUGCAGUUCUGUUGUUUAACAUUGUAUUAUCCACUUUAGAUGCUUUAUCUAAAAUGAAGUUUUUAGGAGGUAUCAGAAAGCUCACAUGGGUGCAAACCUUUUUUUCCUCUGCAUUAUAGAAAUGUCAUAGGUUCAUUGUAGGACAUGUACUGAUUAAUGUAUUUGUGACUCAAAUUGUCCUUUCAAGGGAAAAGGGCUUUUCUUUGUAAAUGUCAUUGAACUCACUUUCUGUUUGUUGAAAUUGUUUCUCAUUGGUCUGAAAUGUUUCUCGGAGACCUAGGUGCUCACACUCUGAACAUAGUGGGUUUGCGUGGCUGUGCUCCGAUCCAGGUAACUACCAGCUGGUGAGUGUUUCUCGUAUUUCAGGGCUAUGCAUAGAGACCUCACAUCCCACGCUAACCCUUUGUGGGAAACCAUUAUUACCACCAUUUUUUAAGUACAGCAAAUCAAGACUUAGAAUUUUAAAAAAUAGUAGCCAGCAGUCUCUCCAGAAGGGAUGAUGGUGCUUGGUCCACACCCAGAUUUUUGACUCCAAAGCCAGCCUUGUUCUUUGCUUAUUAUUAUUUUUUUUAAUAAUUGGGGGAAGUGUAAAUAAUAGUAACUUAUGGAGAAUGAUAAAAAUUAAACUUACGUACUCCCUUUCUAGAAUUAACAGAUGUUCAUUUUGAAACUUAAGCAUGUUUUAAGAUUUUUUUCUAAAUAAAACAUUAUAGACAAAAAAGUUCUUACUUUACCCUUCCCAGGCCUUAUCUUUUUCCUUCUCACUCCCACCACCAACCUGACCCACUGCCUUCUUCAGAGGCAGUUUGGCUUCUACCCAGACCAUAUUUCUUUGCUUUUAUUAGACAUAUAUGUGUUUCUUGUCAGUAUAUAGCUCAGUUUCUAUGUUUUAAAAAGUAUGUACAUUUUUAUUUGUAAUAUGUAAAUACAUUUUAUUGUAUAUAUUUCACAACUGACUCUUUUUUCCAGUUUUGUUUUUGAGAUUGUUACAUAUAGAUUUAAGUUAUUCAGAUUAAUGGCCAUCUAAUAUUCUUUUACCUGAAUAUAUUGUAAUAUGUCCUGUUGAUAGGUAUUUAGCUUCUUUCCAGUUUUUUAUUCUUUUGCAAGCAAUGUCGUACAUCUCUGUGCUUCUCUGGGGAGGAAUACUCGGGAGGAGUUGCCAGGGCCUGAGGUUGGCACAGCUUCCCCUCUGCUGGGUAUUUCCUUCUUGUUCUCCAAGCAUACAUGUCAUGUACGAGGAACAGAUUUCUCCAUGUCCUCACCACCUCUUGGUACCGUUGAUGGUAAUUUUAGCCAGUGGUGAAAUAGUAUCUCUCUGUCUUCAUUUUAAUUCGCAUCAGCCUGAUAACUGCUCAUUCCAACCAGUGAGAUUGAGCCUAAGUUUACUGACCAAUCAGGCUCCCAUUCCUCUGAAUUAGUUGUUCCUACUUUUGUUCAUUUUUCUGUUUGGUUGCUUUUCUUUUUUCCUGCUGAUAUGUAGGAACU